AUGUCUCUGAACCGUGUAUCCUCGUUGGAGACCUUUGCUCCCCUCCUCACAGAGAACAGAUCCAGAAGAAGCUCGGAUGCCUCGACCCGUAACCGCAAGAUUAGCUUCAACCCUCUCCCAGCAGAAUGGGAUCCUCCAGCUUUGGACCAGAUCCAGGCCGUAGGUGCCUUUGAAGUACCAAAGUGGAAGAGAACCCUCCAAGUAGUCGUCGCCGUCAUCUACUCCCUCUUUGCCGCCGGAAUCGUCUUUGGCUACGCCGCCAUCAAGCCCGUCCUAAAACGAGAGGGUGUCUACCAAGAUGUCUGCCGCGUCGACCCCAACGAUGAGGACGCCAUCAGCCAAGACACAUGCGUCGAGAUUCACCUAAACCUCAUGUUCACCACGGCUGCCGUGGCUACCAACGUUGCUGCCCUUCCCGUCGGUGCUAUCCUCGAUCGCUAUGGUCCCCGUGUCUGCGGUCUUCUAGGAGCCUUGUCCCUCGCCAUCGGUGCCCUGUUCAUGUCUUUCGAGAACAACUUGCCCUUCGACGGCCUGCUAUUCGGAUAUCUCUUUCUGGCCCUCGGCGGACCCUUCACCUAUAUCUCGUCCUUCCAGCUAUCCAACGCCUUUCCCAAGAACUCGGGGUUGAUCCUCGCCCUUCUGACAGGCGCCUUCGACGCUUCCAGUGCCUUGUUCCUAGUGUACCGCGUCAUCUACGAGCAAUCCAACGAAACCUUUGGCCACCAGAGCUUCUUCCUCGCCUACCUCGUCGUCCCUGCCGCCAUCGUCGUCAUCCAGUUCGUUCUGAUGCCAGCCCAAUCCUACAAGACCGUGGGCGAACUAGUGGAGGAGAUCGAGGAGCCCAUCACCACGGACAUAGAUCCCUAUGACGACCAGAUCGACGAGGAGACGGCUUUGCUCCACGAAGAAGAGAGACAGCACCGUGCCGAGGUGGUCUCGGGUAUCCAGGAGUUGCUGGGAACUACCAAGGCGGAUAAGCAGGCCAAGAGGGAAGAGCGCAAGAAUGAGAUUUCGGGCGUUUGGGGCGUUAUGCAUGCUUAUACUGCUUGGGAGCAGAUCAAGAGUCCUUGGUUUACUUUGAUUUGUUUGUUUACUGUCGUCCAAAUGACCCGAAUCAACUACUUUGUCGCCACUAUCCGCGUGCAAUACACCGACCUGCUCGAUUCCCCUGCCCUCGCCGAGCGCGUAAACGAUUUCUUCGACCUCGCCCUUCCCCUCGGCGGCAUCCUAUCGAUUCCCUUCAUCGGCGCCAUCCUCGACCGCACCUCCACCGUCACCGUUUUGACAACCCUCGUCGCAAUCGCCACCACCAUCGGCGCUCUCGGCGUGAUCCCCCACAGCAUGUUCGCCGCCUACGCCAACGUCUGCCUCUUUGUGCUUUACCGCCCCUUCUAUUACACCGCCGUAUCCGACUACUCGGCCAAGGUCUUCGGGUUCAGGACGUUCGGCACGGUGUACGGCACGAUUAUCUGUUUUGCGGGACUGUUGAACUUCAGUCAAUCUGGUCUGGAUUACCUGCUUCACGAGACUUGCGAGGGGAACCCGGUCCCCGUGAAUAUCGGGCUGAUGGCUACUGGAUUUCUGAUUGGUGCGAUCAUGGUGAUUUUUGUGGCAGUGAAGGCGAGGGGGAUCAAGCGGAAGUUGUUGGAGGAGGAGGCUAGGGGGGUUUUGGGGGGAGUACUAGGUACUAGGUAUCUGUUACAGAGUGCUAGGGGGUGGACGACCUGGACGAAAGAAGAAGAAUAUGACGACUGA